AUGGAAGGUCUCAGUUCUGAAGCCAGCUUCUCCCAGGGGGAGAAGCUUCUGACAGGGGACGUAUCUGAAGGGCUGCGUUGCACAAUGACUGCAAGUGUCCGGGAUGGGGUCAGCACCAUGCCAGAGGCAGGUCAAAACAGUGACGCAGGAGUCAGGGGCCCUCGACAGUACAGCCAGGGGAGUGGUCAGUUCAGCACGCACGUGCAGAAAAGCGUGGACUGUGGACAAAAUCCUGUGCUGUCUGUCCUGCUGUCUGUGCUGCUGCUUCCUCUGGGCCUCCUAGUCCUGGCGGCUCCCCAGCGCCUCAUCUGUGAUCGCCGCGUGGUGGAGAGGUAUAUUCUGGAGGCCAAGGAGGCAGAGAAUGUCACGAUGGCUUCUGUAGAAGACUGUGGCCCGAUUGAGAACAUCACUGUCCCUGACACCAAAGUCAACUUCUAUAUCUGGAAGAGGAUGGAAGUUGGACAGCAAGCUGUAGAAGUCUGGCAAGGCCUGGCCUUGCUCUCGGAUGCCAUCCUGCGUAGCCAGGCUCUGCUGAUCAAUUCUUCCCAGCCAUUGGAGACCCUGAAGCUGCAUGUGGACAAGGCUGUUAGUGGCCUACGCAGCCUCACCUCCCUGCUGCGGGCACUGGGAGCCCAGAAGGAAGCCAUCUUGCCCCCAGACGGCCCCUCGCCUGCCCCACGCCGGACGUUCACCGUGGAUAAUUUCUGCAAACUCUUCCGAAUCUACUCCAAUUUCCUCCGGGGAAAGCUGAAGCUGUACACGGGGGAGGCCUGCAGGCUCGGGGACAGGUGA